CGGAGCUAAGCGGUCCAUGAGCCCGGGCAGCGAGCCUCUCCUCCGGCUGGAGAAGGACCAGCAGGUCGGGUCAAGAUCAGCUGCUGCUGGAGGAAUAAAUGAAAAUGAAAGGGGAUGUUUUUGAGGAAACAGCCUGCAUAUAUCACCGCCUGCGAUCCUACGCAAUGUGAGGACAAAUCGUGGAUCAAACCGACCCCUUUCAUUAUCACAAGUUUCCUUGUAGCUUUAUAGGCUACUGACUUCUAGAUGUCCCACCUCCCUUUAGGUGAGACAGAGACAGAGACACACUCCACCUGGGUCCUCCGACAUGGAUAAACUCACCGUGAUAUCAGGAUGCCUCUUCCUCGCUGCAGACAUCUUUGCCAUCGCCAGCAUCAUCAACCCGGACUGGAUCAGUACUGGAGAGUCAUCUGGCUCCCUGACUGUGGGCCUGGUCCGGCAGUGCCAGACCAUCCACGGCCGAGACCGGACCUGCAUCCCCCCGCAGCUGCCCCCAGAGUGGAUCACCACGCUCUUCUUCAUCAUCCUGGGCAUCAUCUCCCUCACCGUCACCUGUGGUCUGCUGGUGAUGUCACGCUGGCGCCGCGAGGCCGCCCGAUACGCCCGAUGGAUCGCCUUCACAGGGAUGGUCCUGUUCUGCAUGGCUGCUCUUAUAUUCCCCAUCGGCUUCUACAUCAACGAGGUUGGAGGACAGCCAUAUAAGCUCCCCAACAACACGGUGGUGGGCUCCUCCUACGUACUCUUCGUUCUGUCCAUAUUCUUCACCAUUGUGGGACUGCUGUUUGCUGGGAAGGUAUGCCUGCCCGGCUGACUUCCUCCUCUUUUUGUAUCUUUGGAGAAACACCACCAUUGGAGGCAUAUUUUGUUAGAAUUGACUCUUCAGUUGGAGGUAUUGUUGAAGUAGAACAAAACUGAGAAGCACCUGUUUGUGUUUCCCCCUUUGGAUGAAUUGUCACGGGAGCCGAAAUUGUCGUGUUUCCAUCCGUCCAUCUGUUUGUUCAGAGACUGAGCUGGCGCAGAGAGAUCUGAAAUGGCCUCCAUCAUCGUCCAUCCCGAACGAUGACUGUGAAGUGGUGAACAGACAGGAGAAUAUAAAAAAAAAAACAUGUUGGAAAUGGAUUCAAACAUCAGGACUUUCAAGGGAGCCCUGUGGUCACCUCCAGUAUGAUGGAGGCUCUUCCCUGAUCACAGCUGUAAUAUACACAAUGAAGUUCCACUUUCUAGGCACAUUUUAUUUAUUUAAUUGUUCGGUUUCUCUUUUUGUAAAGGUAUUUCUUUAAUGUAUCCCAGAGUUUCCCUGCCAUUAAUAUGUGUGGUGGAUCACUUUGCCUUAAAGAGCUAUUAACCUUAAAAUAACUAUGAUAAUUGUUGAGUUAGUGUCGUUGGAUCAAUUAUAAAAUUCUGGAUACAUGAAAUGAUUUAGCUUAAAAUGUUAGAACUGGAAUUUAAAAUGGGCUAUCAGGCAACAUCUGUCCAAAUGAUGAUCAUAAUGGGGGUGAGUAAUGUAAAGUCGUAUCCAUGGAUGAGCUGGUCUCUACGAUGCAGAUCAGCGGUGAGCAGCAGGUCAAACCUGUUCUGGUCUCUCUAUCACAGCUUUGUUAACUUUAGUGAUGUAGUGAAUGUAUUAUUCGCCUUUUUUCGCCUGUCGUUUAAACACUGUAUGAAGAAAUGACUGAAUCUAUGACUAGUUUGUUUUGUAUAUUUGAGACGUUGACGCCGACUUCAUAUCUGUCUAAAUGAACAGACAGCCAGUCUGUGGCAUUACCUACAUGCACUGUGAUGUUCUUGAAUGAGCAUGGAAGAUCUCAUCUCAUUAAAAAUGACUCAUUGGAACACU